AUAGAGCAAUGUGACCAAGCUUUAAUUUCUUUAUCUGUAAAGAAAGUUGGAGCAUGCCUGAUCUUAGUGUAACUGUACUUUUUAUAGAACUUUUGCAUAAGUCAAGCAAAGUGCAGUUUCUUCUUGAGGUCAUGAGAAUGGGAAUGCUUCUGUUUUGUAGCUGUAAAAGGAUAAAUGUGACCAGCUCAUUAGGCAGGCAGUAAAACAAAACAACCUCCAGUGCAGUGUAAGCAGUGAGCAGAGUUCAAUGUUCCCGCAGGGACAUUCUGAGGGAGACGAUUGUCAAAGUCUGAAGCUCUAAUUACCAAGUAGCCACCAGCGUUCAGGGAUGAUGCCCUCAGGGAAGACGGUCAAGCUCAUCGUGUACGAGGUGCUGCAGUUUGCAGCUCUCAUCGUCCCCAUCUUUGUAGUCAUGGAGAGAUUUGCCAGGAUUAUAAGAGACGUGAAAGGACAGAAUGUGACUGCUUACUGGCUUGUAGUGGCGGCUUCUAUUGCCUAUGUGACCUCUGCGACCUUGCUGGUGUGGGUUCCUCUCAAAUACGUGAUCCUGAAGAAGCGGAGAUUCAUUUCAGAGAUCACACAGUGGAGACCGACAGCACUGGCAUAUCUUCUGCUGUCAACACUUCCAUGUUUUGCAAUUCUAAUGGCCAGUUCCAAGGUCCAGCUGGACAAGCAACAAAAACUUGACCAUUUCACAGAGCUGCCUGUUUCCUUGGUUCUUUUCUCCCUGAUUUGUGUGGAUGUCGUAGAGAGGAUACGGCCUCACAACCUCAUGGGUAAAGCUAAUAUUAUGGAUUCUGACUACGACAUGUCAAGACCUGUCCUGACCCACCUGACACAUGUGACCAGUGUUUCAGGCCAGCUGCCAGCUGAUGAAGUCCAGAACAGUGUGACCCCAGGCCAGGUAGAGGCCAGAAAUGGAAGCACAACCAACAAAAUGCAGGAUGUCACUGAGUCCCCUCACAGCAUACGACCAAACGCUUCAUACCUGUACUCUUCCACCCCACGACUGAUGCCUUACUCGGGUCCCCUAAGCUUCCUGUGGAGGAAAGAUGGAAGGGCAGAGGUAUUUGUGGAGUGUUUCUUGUUCUGGUUGGACACAGUGGAGAUGGUACGAGUUUCCGGGGAGCCAAUCGUUUUCUUCUCAGCUUGGGUGUUCCCAGUUUACAUCCUGGCUUUCCUUUCUUGUCUCCGCACGAUCAUUGCUCCCCACAGCUUCCUGCUGCCAUUUGCUGGAGCUGUGCUGCAGGAUCUUCCUUUCUUCAUUAUUCGAGUUGCACUGAUUAUUGUAUUUGGUUUUGUAACACCUUUGUUAUAUCCUCUCAAAAAUGUUCUGGUAAGUCUAACUUUUAUCUAUUUCACAUGGAUGACCAAGCUGAGGAUGUUUAAAAGACACAGUAUGUUCUGAGGAGGAGCGUAAAGACCCCAACUCAUCUGCGGAUGUUUGAACUGUUGGCUUUGAAGAGCAGCACCAUGGACUCCUACUGAAACAUCAUUUGUGUAGUUAUUAGCCUAAUGAUAUAUAUAAGGGUAUAUAGACUGGGUAUGAGUACUUUUAUGUCAAGUACAUGUAAAAAAAACAUGUCUGUCUUUCUUUAAAUCUGUACAUUUCCUUGAAAAAGUAUUGAUACCGCAUUAGCUUUUUUUUUUUUUUACAUUUGGUUACAUUACAUUCAAAUUAAAUCAAAUUUGUAUUGUAUUGUAUCUGGAUUUUAUAUGACAGGCCUAAAUAUGGUGCAUAACUGUUAAGCAAAAGAAAAUAAUGGGGUAGAUAUUCAUUAACUUCACACAUAUACUUUUUUGUCAUUUGUUCUUUGGAAAAUAUUGUGCAUAUUUAUUUUCUUUCUGGACUUGUUUUCUUGCUACAUUUAAUCUUUGAAAUCCAUACGUCUGUAAACACAGAAAGUAAUCAAAAGUUUUAAAGUUACAUAUUUAUUGAUAGAGAAAAAAACACAGGUGAAAACGUUUAAAUUUAUAGAACUAAAUAUGUGAGGGUGCUUUUAAGAGAAGUUAUCUAUUUACAGGCUUAAUUCAAGAUAAGAAUAUUGUUAAAAAAAACAAACUGAAAUUCAUUAAAGAUCUGUGCUGAAAUUGCUUAGGUUUUAGUUGAAUGAAAACAUGAUUCCAAGAUCUUUAAAGGACAAAACCUAACCAAAAUAACUUAAGCAGUGGUAAUAGAUUACCUUUUAAACAUUAACUGAAUAAAUCAUUGCAGUGGAAUCAGGAAUGAAGUAAAUCAAGCGCAUUUAUAACCAAAACUUAAGACUAAAGGAGGAUGAAGAGCAGUUAGCCUUGAGUUCUGGCAGAACAGGAAUCAAGGUUUUAUUUAAACAAUGUGAAAAAUGAAGCAAAUCAAUUAAAAAAUAAUUUUUUGUGUUGCCUGUGCUUUGAAGAUAAUUUAGAUUUGUUGAAGAUAAUUAGAUUUUAAGCUUUGCUUUUGUUUUGUUUGAGUUUGUAUCAAUGCAGACCUCUAUAGUGGCUGCACUGAUAUAAUGCAAUAAUUAUACUGCACCCCUACCAGGACACAUUAAACAGAAUUACACUCAUGAUUCACAUGGUCUUUCUUCCUGUGAUAGAUUAG